GCCGGAACAUUAUAGAUGUUGGACGGGAGCGAUGGAAAGAUGGCGGCGGCCAUGGUACAAAUGUCAUGUUUGUACCGGGGGAUGUUAGCGGUCAGGGCCACUGGUAUCAGGACGCUGAUCCCCGGGCUGGUCCCGGCGCAUUUCCGAGCCUUCUCAGUGCGGAAGGAGCCGGAUCUGGAGGAGAACCCGUACUUCAGCAAGUACCAGGACAAGAUCCAGAAGCUGCGCAGCAACAAACCACAGGAGUACAAAGCCCGACUGGAGAAACGGCACGAGGCCAAGAAUGAAGUGCUCGGACACUCGAAGCAGGCGGAGUUCAUCCGGCUCAUGGAGCAGGAGUUGGAGAAACGGGACAAGAUGGCUGCCGGCGAUGAAGCAUCAGGAGGUUUCACAAAGAACAAGACGCUGGGCUCCAUCCUCAACAUGGAGAUGAUCAGGGACAAGACGGGCGAGGAAAUUGCAGAGCUUUGGAUGAAAUAUUAUUCAACCAAGGACACAAUCAGCGCCGUCAUCCCGACACAGAUGUACGAGGUGAUUUUCAGCAGAUCAAAGUCCUGCCAGAUGUUCCUCUAUGCUUUGCCUCAGAAGGAGGGUUAUGAGUUCUUCGUGGGUCAGUGGUCCGGACACGAGCUCCACUUCACCUCCCUCAUCAACGUCCAGAUGCUGGGCGAGAACGCUCCCAGUCAGCUGAUCCUCUACCACUACCCAGACCUGAAGGAGGAGAAGGGCGUGGUCCUCAUGACGGCCGAGAUGGACCCCAAGUUCAUAACCGUCCACCAGGCUCAGUGCUUGGCCAAUCAGGUGCAGCUGUUCUAUGGCACGCAAAGGCAGGAGACGUACCGAUUGGUCGAGGCAUUUAACCACCACCCUGCAGACUUCAAACAUAUGUCGGUGAUAGCGGAGUUGGAACAGAGUGGCUGGGGGCCAGCGGUCGCCCCCGGAGAGUCGUAGGAAGACCAGAUAUGGACUGACGUCGCCAGCCAGCUCGCCUGCAGUCGGAUUCCCAAGAACUAUUGGUCCUCAUUUAAAGUCACAAAGAGAUAUUUGCUUGUUUGCUCAGCACUUUCCACUGGGAUACACCUGUUCUUCAUACUGUAUAUGAAGUUUACAGCAGCAGCUGUGAUUUAGGCAAAAUAAUUUGAAGGUGGGGUAUGCGAUUCUAAUCCAAUACACGUCUUUUUGUCAAAUUCAGCGACUCUCUCCUCACGGUCCGCUAGCUGUCUGUUCAGUGUGUGCGCUGAAAAAGAACUCUGGUGUUUGUACGCAGCCCUGGCUCUGUAAAUAUACUGCUGUUGUGAUGGUAGCUAUAGUAGCAGGAGAGUUGUGAGCGUCGCUGUCUGGAGCGUCUGUGCUGGCUCUGGAAACCGUCUCGUCCUCUCUGUUAGCUUCUCAGCAGCAGCUGUAGGGACAGUUUGCUAACCCACAACCUAGCUAACAUUGGUUACAUUACUUGCUGUGUCUUCGUUCGCUCUAUAUCAUGGUAUUUGGUACUGGAUUUCUCCAGAAAACCCAUCUUUUUAAAGGAGCAUCAGCAGCUUCUCAUGAACUCUGCCUUGAUCAUCUGACGUCUGCUACACAUCUGUUCAUUGUGCAUACAUUUGUAAUCACAGGAGAAUAAUGUGGUAAUAAUCAGUUCUAUGAUAAAUAAAUUCCACUGUAUCCUACCAUCCAUAUUAGACUGGACCAGAAGGACUUUGUUAGCCCAGUAGCCGUCCCUGAAAACCGUUUUAAUAAACCAUCUUCAAAACCCCAAA